CUUUUUUCAUACAGUGACAUAAAAACAUCUUCUGUAAGCCAAAUAACUGAAACAGUGAACUGAAAUGCUGCAAAUUAUUCUACUUCUCCUGCCUGGUGUUCUCACUCUCAGUGAUGAGUGGAAUGUGAAUUAUCCUCCACCGAUCUGUGCUGCGAGGGGAUCCAAUGUCACUAUUGCCUGUACAUUUAAAUAUCCAUCUGCGCAAGUACAGCGAGUGCUAUGGUGUUCAAUGAGAUCAAACUAUGAUAUCUGUCAGAAUGAGCUAUAUGUUUAUGACAGUGACGCCAACAAUAAUCAAAGAAAGUUUCAAUACAUUGGAGAUAAAAUUUCAAAUUGUUGUCUUUUGAUCAGUAAUAUUAAUCAAACACAUUCUGGAGAGUAUAAAUUCAGAUUUAUAACCAGUUUAGCAAAUGGACGUUGGACAGGUAAUCCUGGAGUGGAAAUUUCAGUACACGAUUUAAGUGUGUUCAUGACCAGGUCAAGAGAAAAUGGAAGCAUUAUAGUUGGAGACUCUUUGAAUCUGACAUGUAAACUCAACUGCUCUGGUAAUUUAGCUGAGGUUCAGUGGUUUAAGAAUGGUGAACUGAUGCAACAUUCACACCCCGUCCUCACCUUCAGCAGUGUAACUGCUGAAGACUCUGGGAAUUACUCUUGUUCUUUGAGAAACUUUAAAAAAACUGUAUCUAAACAAUUUAGAAUUUACAUUGAAGAUAUUACUUUGUCCUCAAAAGAUGUCGCUGGAUCCCCAACAGUUCUGAUUAUUGUAGCGUCUUUAGUCUCACUUGGUUUCAUUACUGCAGUUGUGAUGCUUAUAAGAAGAAGGAAAGCAAAAACUCACGGAAAACCAAAGGAGAAAGGAGAAGAAACCCAGGUUUCUCAUUACAGCACUCACCGAACAACUGUAAAGAAACAGUAUUUGUAAAACUUAAACAUGUAUAUAUAAUGUAUAUUGUACAUGUAUCUUCUGUAGGGAGUAAAGAUGACAUGCAUAAUAAGAACAAAAACAAGUGUUAUCACGUUUAACACUGUGUUAUACAAUAAAUCAUAAUUGUACAAGAUGUACAUAACUACCCUGUUGAAAUGACACCAACAUGUUGUGUUUUGCAUGCUGGUGUUUGUUUAAUCAGCCUCGUUUGGUCAACCACUUUCAUUAGAAAGACCUUUCUUUAUGCUGAGCUUAGCUGGUAGGCAUUAAAUUGAACAAAAGAUGACAGAUGACAACAUGUUGUCCCAUCUUCUUGCUGUUAGGCCUGAAACAGAAACACCCACAGUCUCCACAGACCUCAAGGAAGCAGAAAAUGUGCUGCAGGAAGAUGAAGUGCAAUAUGCAUCUGUCAACAUUCAACCUAAAAAACCUGCU